AUGGGAGGGACGAGGUUUAUCGGCUGCUACUUGGUGGCGAAACUCCGGGAGCUCGGGCAUCAAGUGGUGGUCUGCAACCGCGGAAAGACAAAUGGUGGCCUCCCAGAACGGCUGCCAGGGAUUGGCGAUGCCCAGUACCAGCAGAUGCUCGAGGGUGUGACGGUGCUGCAAGCAGACCGGAAGAAUCCGGAUCAGCUGAAGGCGGCGGUGUCUUCAGCUGGAAAAUUCGACGUGGUGUUUGACAACAAUGUGCGAAAGCUCGAGGACAUUCAGCCACUCGUGCAGGGCCUCCAGGCAAGCGGCGGCUGCGAGCAGUUCAUCAUCAUGAGUAGCGCCGGGGUGUAUGGGCCGACGGACGUCUUGCCGCUCAGCGAGUCCACUCCGGGGGACCCCAACUCUCGUCACAAGGACAAGCUGGCCUGCGAGAAUUACCUGGACACCAUGGGCUUGAACUGGACCUCCAUACGGCCGGUUUACAUCUACGGCCCUCUAAAUUACAAUCCCGUGGAGCGGUACUUCUUCGAUCGCGUCACGCGCGGACGACCGGUUUGCGUACCUUAUGGUGGCAAGUACAUCACACAGCUCGGCCACUGUGAAGAUUUGGCGGAUUUCAUGGCGAAGUGCGUGGGCAACAGUGAGGUGGCCCGGCAAGUGUACAACAUCUCCAGCCAGGAGUAUGUUACCUUCGAUGGCAUGGCCAAGCUUUGCUCAGAAGCUGCCGGAAUGGGGGAGCCGACCAUUGUCCACUACGACCCGAAGACGAUCCAGGUGCCGGAUGGCUUUCCGAAAGCCUUCCCCUUUCGCGGCAUGCAUUUCUUCGCUUCGAUUGAGAAGGCCAAGAAGCACAUGCCGUCAUGGAAGCCCAAGUACAGCAUGUUUCAGGGGCUGAAGAGCUCCUAUGAGCAGGACUACCUGGCGAGGGGUUUCGACAAGAAGGAUCCUGAUUUCCGGACGGAUGAUCUGAUUUUGCAGAAGGCGGGCGCACCAGCAUCUGGAGGCUCUGUCAGCUCUUCCGGGACAUCAGGUACGUCACCUGGUGCGCUGAAGUACUCCAGUGGCUUUGAGUACGCCUAUCAGCGAAAUGCUUAUGCAGACCUGGAGUAUGGAAACGAUGUUGGGUAUUUACCAGAUGGAACGGCACUCAACACCGCAGGCAACUGCAUCAACCACCCCGAGACCAUUCAACCCGAUCGUCACACCCCUGGGUCACCGCUCCCACGUGCACAUUUCCACAACGAUGUGGGCUACUUGCCCGAUGGAACUCCGCUUAACAAAGCUGGCAAUGCAAUCAACCACCCUGAGAACAUCCAGCCGGACCUUCAUGUACCAGGCUCAGCACUUCCGGCGUCCGGGUACUCUGCAGAUGUUGGCUAUUUCGUCGACGGCACACCUGUGGAGAGCGCUGGCAACAACUUCCGCGCAGACAAUGUGGGUUCGCCGAAGGUGGCUGCGCCAGCAUCUGGCGGCUCUGUCAGCUCUUCCGGGACAUCAGGUUCGGCACCUGUUGCAGUGAACGGGGCGCUGAAGUACUCCAGUGGCUUUGAGUACGCCUAUCAGCGAAAUGCUUAUGCAGACCUGGAGUAUGGAAACGAUGUUGGGUAUUUACCAGAUGGAACGGCACUCAACACCGCAGGCAACUGCAUCAACCACCCCGAGACCAUUCAACCCGAUCGUCACACCCCUGGGUCACCGCUCCCACGUGCACAUUUCCACAACGAUGUGGGCUACUUGCCCGAUGGAACUCCGCUUAACAAAGCUGGCAAUGCAAUCAACCACCCUGAGAACAUCCAGCCGGACCUUCAUGUACCAGGCUCAGCACUUCCGGCGUCCGGGUACUCUGCAGAUGUUGGCUAUUUCGUCGACGGCACACCUGUGGAGAGCGCUGGCAACAACUCUGUUCCACGGUGA